CGCCAUUUGCUUGCCAUUAGUAGUCGGUUGGGUUGGUGUGCAAGGGUUUAGCGAGAAUCGAACCGUCGUUGAGUUGGCUUCACGAAUACGGUGGUGGCUCUGUACUGUUCUGUUCGACUGGUGGCCGAUCGUGGUCGUCCUGUCCGUCAUAUUCCCGGUUUGAAAGCAAUUACUGCGACGCAGCAAGGUGCAGUGAUCGGUUUUUCAAGUUGCUGAAAGGAUUCACCGGCCAUGGAAAAGCGGAUAGAGCUCGAGAAACGGGGAAGAAAACCCAAUGAAAUCACAGAUUUUGUAUUGGACAAUUGUCGGAGUACGAAUAUUGUUGGAUUAACAGAUGAAUAUGUAGCUUUGGAAAAAUUGAGUCUUAUCAAUGUGGGCCUUACAAGUUUAAAAGGUUUCCCUAAGCUACCAAAUCUUAAGAAGUUGGAAUUAAGUGACAAUCGAAUCUCUGGUGGUUUGAAUUUACUUCACACGAGCCCUAAAUUGACUCACCUUAAUCUCAGUGGGAACAAAAUUAAGGAUUUGGAUACGCUACAGCCUCUUAAAGAAUUCAAAAAUUUGAAAAGCUUGGAUCUUUUCAACAAUGAAGCGACAAAUAUGGAUAAUUAUAGGGAGAAAGUUUUCAGUCUUAUUCCAAGUCUACGAUAUUUGGAUGGAUUUGAUGUACACGAUUGUGAAGUAGAAGAUAGUGAAGGAGAGGACGAUGAAGUUAAUGGAAAUGAAAAUGAAAAUGUCGAUGAAGAUAGUGAAGAAGUUUCUGACGAAGAAGAUGACGAGAUCUUCGAUGAAGAUAUAGGAUUGGCAGAGAUAUAUAAAGAUCAAGAAGAUGAUAGUGAUGAGGAAAAUUACGAAGAGGGUGAGGAGGAAGAAGAAGACGAUGACGAUGAUGAAGAUUUUGAUGAAGAAGAUCAAGAGCAAGAAGAAGAAUCGUCACCAGCUCGAGGUAAAAAAAGAAAACAUGAAGAUGGUGCAGAACCGGAUAAUUAGAAAUUCAAGAUAAGAGUUUUUCGCUACUGUCGAAUGAGUGUGUAAAAUUUCGUAUAAAUAAUAACAAUGAUUGCGCCGCCGAGUGAACAGCUGGGAAUCAAACUUAUUGACCGACCAAUGACAGUACAGUUAGUGGUGUGAUUUUAUUAGUAAAAAAAAAAAAAAGAGAGAAAGAGAGCGCGAGAAAGAUAGAGAGAAAGAAAUAGAGAAAAAUAAGGGGAAAAAUCAUUGACUGAAAACUGUUUUUUGAGACAAGAAUUGAAAAAAAAGAAACGAAGUGAGAGACAAAACAACGGAUAUAAAAGGCAUAAAAUAGGGGCCUGCAUUCCAGCUAGACCCAACACGUUUUAGUUAUACUAACGAUAUUUUAUAUAGAGUAUAUAGUUAGAGAAUUAGAGGUGUUGCAUAGUAUGUGAGUGUAUGGGAGUUUUUUUUUUUGAGAGAAAAAAAAAAGAAAAAUAUUUGAUGAACUCGGGAAGGCAAGCAAGAGUUUUACACUUGAAUGGAGCGCAUUUGUCUGUUAGCUUCGGUCGGCCAAAGGCUGGUCAUGCUGGAAUGCAGCCGUCGUUAAUCAGUAAUAAGAUUACAUAAGUUACAUUUUAAAUAUAUUAUUAUUGUACUAAGUAUAGAGUAAAAGAAAAACAACUUUUGUACAGGUUUACACCAACAAUUUGAAGAAGCAUUAUGUCGCUGUGAAUUUUAGGACAGAAAUUAAAGGAAAAAAAAAAAAUAAAUAAAAACUAUUAAUAAGAAAAAUCAAGUCUGGGUCCAAGGCUAAUAUCAUAAAGAUUUUUUUCCUCUCAUUUUUUUAUAUAAUAUAUAUAAAAGAAAAAUGUAGACAAGGGUUGUAAAAAAAAAUAAAUUUUAAAAAGUAUUUUUUCCGCGAAAAUAAGAAAAAUUUUAUCGAUAAAUUCACUAGACAAUGUACAGAUAACAUAAUUAACUGUAGGACAGUGCAAUUAAAUAUUUUUUUAAACAAAUAUUUUAGUUCGAUAUUUUUUUUUCUUUUGCAAUUCAUUUAUAUUUUGCAAUAAAAAAUUAUUUUCCAGUUUACUUUUUUUCUAAUAUAAAUAAAAAAAUCAAAAAAAAAAGAAAAAACGAACAUAAUCAACAAAUGUUAUUCCAGUCUUUACUUUCUGUCUUGAAAAAUCACUAAAGCGCUACCCGUGUAUUACAUUGAGUAACGCGUGAAGGUAAUGAAUAUUGACGACAAUGAUGAUCAUUAUUAAUUAUUAUUAUUAUUAUUAUUAAUAUUAUUAUUAUUACUAUUAUUAAAUUAUGAUUCUUAUUAUUUUUAAAGAAACAAAUGUUUGAAUAUAUAUGUGCUUUCACAACGAUUACGAAAUGGUAAUUGAAGAGUGAGACAAAUUUAUACAUUAUAAGGGCAGACCGACUAAAAGUAUUCGGAAAAAAAAAAAUUUAUUCAUAUAUAAAAAAUAAAUAUAAAUACGGCGGAUUAAUUAAAUGUUAAAAACACGACUGUGACGUUACUACGAGAAAACUUAACUUGGACACACGGAAAAAUAAAAUUAAUAUAAAAGCAUAGAGAAUUAUGACCGUAUGUGAGAGAAUGGAAUGGAUGAAAACAAAAAAAAAGUUUGUGAAGCGUGUGAGUUUAAGAAAGGUUGGUUUUUUGUAACAAAAAAGAAAAAAAAAUGAAAACAAAAAAAAAAGGAGAAAAACAAUUUGCGGUAGAAGAUCAAGUACCUGGCGCUAUAUAUUAUUAAUGCCGCCAGAUUGGUUUAUGGCCUUAUCCAAUUUUUCCAGGACUUAAAAAAAAAAAAAAUGCAAAUUUAUAUUAGGUACAGUGAAUAAAUGAGACGUGUACAGAGGUCUAAAUCUGUAUAUUCCCGAAAUGUAAAUUGUUGUCAUUUGCGGCUCGCGCGGAAAAAAUGUGUAUUUGACAAAAAGAAAAAAAAAGAAAUGAAUUAUAAAUAUUACUAUUAUAUGAAAAUUAUUCCGCGCGCUUCGCGACACAAAAAGCAAAGAUAAGAACUUUUGUCAAUUGUGAUUUUGGAUAGACCAUUUAAUUAAUUAAUUGAAAGAAAUGAAAAAAAAAGGAUUAUGUCCCAGAUACACCUUUGUAUUCGUUUUCGAGGUACUUUAAAUCCGUAUAUUAUAUUGUCUGUCUGUUCUGUUGUUAAAGUGAAUUUUUAUCAAUAACAUUUGUUUAUUUUGAGUAAUCUUCAUCACAAAAUAAGAAAAAAUAAUUUAUUAAUAAAAUCAAUUUACAAAUCAA